AUGGGCGAUCUCUCCACUUCAGUUAGCUUUGUCUCUAACAAACUGGAUGAGUCAAACAGCCUGAUGAAGGAAAUAAGAGCCGACCUUGCCGCCAUGAAGAGGGAACACGAAGAACUGCGAUCUCAAAACCGUCAUCUGACCUGUGAAGUAGACGUUUUGAAAGGAAAAGUCAGGAUGCUGGAACAGUACUCGAGGAAGGAUAACGUAGAAGUCAGCGGGCUACCUGUCACCCAAAACGUGGACGUCUUCGAUGUGGUGAGGGACCUCGGAGCUGCGGUGGGUGUGGACAUCCAACAGCAGGACAUCUCAACAGCGCACCGUGUUCCUUCAUACCAGAGAGACCGCAUCCCGUCACUGGUAGUGAAGUUUGUGAGGAGAGCAACCCGGAACAAACUCAUCGAAAAAUACAGGCAGAAGAAAACAGCGAUGACAGCCAGAGACGUCAACCCUGCUUUACCGAUGCGAAGGAUUUACAUCAACGAACACUUGUCGCCGGAUAAUAAGGUAUUCUUGUCAAAGUUGAAAACAAAAUGUAAAGAAAUAGGUUUCAUGUACGCAUGGUGCAGGGACGGAAAGUUCUUUGUCAGAAAGUGUCAGGGUGAGAGAUACAUAAAAAUAGACUCGUACAAAGAUUUGGAAAAGCUCAAGUAA